AUGUACGACCUGACCGCUCGCAAGACGGUUGAUGAAGUUAGCGUCGCGGGAGGUGUGCGGUAUGUAGUGUGGUCACAGAAUGGCGUGUACGUGGCCUUCAUGUCGAAACACAAUGUUCUGCUUGCUGGCAAAAAUCUGGAGUAUUACCACUCCUUCCACGAGAACAUCCGCGUGAAGAGUGGGGCAUGGGAUGAGAACGGGGUGUUUGUGUACUCCACGCUGAGCCACGUGAAGUACUGCCUUCCCAACGGUGACAGCGGCAUCAUCCACUCUUUGGCGAACCCCAUCUACAUCACCAGGGUACACAAGCAGAUUAUGUACUACAUUGACCGGGAGCAGAAGGUCGGAAAGCAGCGACUAAACUGCUCGGAGUACCUCUUCAAGCUCGCGCUUCACAAGCGCAACUUUAAUGACGUGAAGCUGUGGAUCAGCAACGGGCGGCUCUGCGGCAACGCGGUGAUUGGCUACCUCAAGUCGAAAGGCUUUCCUGAGGUGGCUCUCCACUUCGUGGAAGACCAGCAGACGCGCUUCAACUUGGCCCUCGAGUACGGACACAUCGAGGAGGCCAUGACGGCAGCACAGGAGCUUGACGAGCGAAGUUGCUGGAAUCGCCUGGGUCUGGAAGCGCUCCGGCAAGGCAACCAGCAGAUUGUCGAGAUGGUGUACCAGAAGACCAAGAACUUCGAUGCCUUGUCCUUCUUGUACCUCAUCACUGGCAACAUCACAAAGCUGCGAAAGAUGCUGAAGAUUGCUGAGAUGCGAGGGGACGUCAUGUCUCGCUUCCACAACGCGCUUAUGCUGGGGCAAGUGGAGGAGCGAGUCAAAAUCAUGGCAGAGAUGGGGCAGGUGCCGCUGGCUGCGCUGACAGCACGGGCACAUCGGCUCACCGAGUACAUGGAGAAGCUGGAGGAAUUUCAUGGCUUUCCAGUGGGCUAA